UUCAAAUGAAGGUAAUGGGUAUUUAAAUGAAAACCAAUUUGCAUUAUCUUGAAUUUGUGGUACUCCAUACAGCUGUGCUUGGAAACUUGACCUCGAAAGAGAGAAAAUUAGCAUCAGAGAAAAAAAGGUAGAUCUAGAAGAUGGUGAGAGCUCCCUUCUAUGAUAAAAAUGGAGUGAAGAAAGGUGCAUGGAGUCCUGAAGAAGAUCAUAAACUAAGAUCUUAUAUUCUGAGAUAUGGCCAUUGGAACUGGCGUGAACUUCCUAAGUAUGCUGGUCUCAAAAGGUGCGGAAAGAGUUGCAGAUUAAGAUGGAUGAAUUACCUCCGCCCUGAAGUAAAACACGGGAACUACACUGAAGAAGAAGAUGCCUUGAUCAUGAAAUUACAUGAGGAAAUUGGAAACAAAUGGUCCACGAUCGCUGCAAGUUUACCUGGAAGAACAGACAAUGAAAUAAAGAACCACUGGCACACUCAUCUAAAGAAGCGUGCGAAGCGAAAUCUAACAUUACCUGAUGGGAAAGAGUACUCUAGUUCAACUUCGCAAAGUGAGGCCACCCACAAUUCUGAAGGUGAAGCUGAAAGCGUCCUAAUUGUUGAUACUCCGCCCAAUAUGAUCUUAGAGAGUUCACCCUGGUCUCCAGCAACACCUUCAAGUACUGAAUUGUCCUCCGUCUGCUCAAACACUGGAUCUAUAUCCAGCUUAAAUGCUAUUGGCGGUAUGGAAGAUAUUUGUCUCCGUUCUUUGUCAGAAAUAUAUGAAGCUCAAUGCAGUACUGGAGAUUUCUGGAGUGAGCCCUUUGUUGCAGACAAUGUCUACAACCAGGAUAGUUAUCCAUCAUCCUUGGAAAAUGGUGGAUUUGGGCUGCCAUUGCUUUUUGACAUGAAUUAUGAUGAUGAUUCUGUAUAUUUGCUCUAUCAAUCGAUGAAAGGAUGGGCAUAAAAUUACUUUUAGUUAUUUGGUAUGCUACGAUUUUAAGUAUAUUAGUAUUUGGUACUAUAUAUAUUGCGAUUGUAACUUAUAAGAGUAACUGAAAUUAUCUUAGCCAUUACUAAAUGAGAUCCCUUUAAUUUGCUGUCAAAAGUCCAUAUUCCAGGCCAGGAUGAUGAUUAUGUAUAUGUUUCAUAUUGCUAUUAUAAUAUUCGGGUACUGAUGUUGAGUAAGAUCUGCAGACCUCGGAAUUACAGAUUGAAGAGAAACGAAAUCUAUAUAUUUGUCAAGAUAACGAGGUAGUUUAAGGCCUAUGUAAGAGAAGAGAUAUACAUGUAAGUUUAAACAAGGCUCAAGAAAGAGUUUGAGGCUUCACUUUAGAAAUUAUAUGCAAGCUAUGCUGUGAUUGUAUACCUAGUUGGAGUGAUCUUAAUUUUUUGCAGUUCGAUCGCUGAGAGUUUUGUAAUCAUUAUAGUUCCUUUUGUUUGGUUUCAAAUUAUCUUCUUUAGUUUCUGCUGUUUUUUGUUCAUUUAGUAUAUCUACUGCGCAUGUUUCAAGAACCUCCCAUAUGAAGGUUCUCCUUGUGGAUUUGUUGCGUUUUUAGGGCUAUGAUUUUCUUGUUAAAAUUUUUCGUUAAUGGGUUACUAUUAAUUAGUGAUUUUAAUUUAAUAAAACUGAUUGAUGGAUUUAGUCAUAAUACAAAACAAGCAUGAGAGUCCAUUAAUUUAAUGUAAUCACUUAAGUAUGAGCUUUGCAUAUCUAACUGGGUCAAUAUGGUAUAGCGGUUGUGUCAGCUUUUAGCCCAAUAAGUCUUUGAUAGGAAGGUUACUAGGGUUAUUUAAUUAAUAAAGCUAAGGUCCCCUCUUCACUUUUCUUACACAGUAGCUACUCAUUAAAAAACUGCUAAUGAGAGAAAAACGAAAAGGAAGACCAUAGCCACUUCAGGGAUUGUUUCGCUUCCGCGAUUUCAUGAUGACUCCCUAAAUAGGUAUGCCUAAUCUCU